UGUAGCGUGUCAUAAGUUCAUAAAUGUAUAUGGUUCUGAUUACUGUUACUGUUACAGUUACAGUUUCGCCCACCAGCGAACACAGAGCGCGCGACUGCUACACCCCCCCGUCGGUCGUUCCGCCCGCAACAACUACUACCCCUCCCGUUAUUCCGCCGGACCUUCUCGACCGGUCCGCGAAAUAUUGUCUGACAUGGAAACGGUUCGUGAGGUAAAAAAGGUUGGGGACCACUGCUUUAGAGCAAUACUUGCACUGCACUGCCAAGCGGUAUUUCUUUGCUGGCAUAAUGCAAUUUAAACCAAGGUCUCUCCACAGCUUUUAGUAAGUGAUAAUUGAUGAAGAACAACAACAUUAGUAUGCCUGUGCCAUGGAACCACAAUACAAAAUAAUUGAAUAGCAAGCAAGCAAUGUAACUUUACAACCACAGGUGAAAAGUAUACCGCCGUAAUAGUUGAGAUGCAUACUCUGAAGGUCCUGGAUAGAUUUUGACCUUCCUUCUUUCCCCAUGUCUAUUUGCCUACACUUUCAAUAAAGGUGAAAACAAAAAACAUGCCAAAACUUUGACAUUUGCAUCCAAAUGAUGAAGUAGGAGAAGAAAAGGGGACUCGCUGAAAUACAAGAACAGCACCUGCAGGUCUUAUAACAGUAUGUAAAGUGCAGUUAAUAAUUAAUCUUUCCACUCUUUUAAAGAAGCUACAGUAUAUUGAUCAAUAAAUCAAUCUAGUUCACAGCAGUUUUAUCACCAAUGCAUAAAUUGGGAUGUUGAUGGGGUCGUCGUGGCGUAGGGGUAGAGAGGGUGCGCUGGGAACCACAAGGUUGGUGGUUCUAGUCCUGGCUGCCCCAUGUCCCAUGUCGAAUUGUCCCUGAGCAAGACACCUAACCAGGCAGACAUGAUCCAUGGUUACAACAACAACCUAGUAGUGUAACUUGUGUUUUUAUUAUGGAGGUUAAGUUGAACUUUGGCUUACUUGGUUAUUUGUGGUGAUGCUCGUUCAACCCUCGGGGUUAAAUGUGACUUGCUAAAGUUUUGGUGGAAUGACAUUUUACAAACCUCAACUCACUUGUGACCUUUAGAAGAUCAACUUCCGCCUCAGAGGUUCAUCACCAGAAGACAGAACAAAGAUCUUAAGAGCCCUUUUUCUGUUAACUGUCUGAUACCUCUGCCUCAUUUUCAGUUUAUCCGUCUACCCAACAUCUUCUGCAGGUAGAAAACAUGUUUAAGUUGUUCACUUGAGUAUUACUAGUCUAUGUAUAUGUAUAUAUAUAUAUAUAUAUAUAUAUAUAUAUAUAUAUAUAUAUAUGUAUAUAUAUAUAUAUAUAUUAUGACAAUAAGCCUGUUAUGUUGGAUCUUUGCAAGCGCAGAAACAAUGAUAACAUUUGACCCUCAACCUCUCGACACCCCCAGAGGAGAGCAUGAUGACGCACAACGACAUGUAAAACUGUCAGACCGUACUGUCGAGAUGAUGUUGAAAUUCUGGGGCAUGGUCAUGGAGCAAUAAGUCAUACUCGGAACACAACGAUUGAAUUAUUGUGUAAGCUGUGUCUGGGUAGAUGAGACAUAGGCUUUUAAAUACAUUAUAGAAAAAUCUGAGAAAAAGUUGACUUAGUCGACGUAGUCAUUCAGUAUCACACUGAUCAAACCUUUAGAGACAGGUUUGCUCAGCUGUCUUUGGGGAAGAGUAGCCGUGGGCCUUCUGACAUGAACGUUUGAGCAACAUUGUAUUUUUAGAAAUGUUGAAAUAGCAUGUCCGUCCGUCUCAGUAUGAGACCGACUCUGUCCUCUGGUUAUUUGUUAUUGCUCACCACAGAGCAGAACCCGAGACAAAGAUGAUUCACAACAACUGUGCAAUUGCAAUUGUUUUUACGUCAACCUUAAACUCAAGGCUGGGAAUUAUCUCAUCUUGUUAAAGUUUUGUUUCUGCACCUUGGAAACCUUCCCAAACGUUUCCGUUUGUUCACACAUUUGCUGCUGUCUCAUGAGCAGUGAUUCGAAUUCAUUGCAAAGUGAGGUAAAAAGAACAACAGAAGAUUCACUGCUGACGCAACUGAUCCCCCAUUACUUCAGUGAUCAAACAGCCUGUGGGUAAAACAUCUCCUGUUGCAAAACCAAUGCACUCACUUGCACACAACAUCGAUGUGACAUUACAUCAGAGUAGGUGGGUGUACACAGAGGUCUGUCUGGAUGAAAAGGGAAAACAGCCUCUUUCGUAUGUAGAGGGAGAACAGACUUUUGAUAUCGUGAAUUCUUAAUAUUUUUGAAAAUGCCGCUCAUUGUCCACAACGGCUUCUUACCCACGUGGUUCCUGGGCUUCAUUACAAGAAAGGAGGCUGAAGAAAUACUCCGGGAAAAGGAGCUGGGCUGUUUCCUGAUUCGUCUCAGUGACAAGGCUAUGGGAUACAUACUGUCUUAUAAGGGGCAGGAUCGGUGUAGGCAUUUUGUGAUAAACCAAAGUGAAUCGGGGCAGUUUGUAAUGUGUGGAGACACCGAGGGACACGACUCAGUCGCUGAUCUCAUAGAGUACUACAAGUCGAGCCCCAUUCAGCCGUUUGGAGAGUACCUGGCAUCUUUGUGUUUUGAGGCACUGGAUGAAGAGCUCUAUGAUUUCAUCCAGGUCAGCCCCAAAGAGAAACCUCUGGCCACUGUAGGAUAUUAGAAACAAAUUGAAGAUCCGGUUCAUAAAAUUAAUAAAAAUGCAUAUAGUGUACACCAGAAUACAGCCAUGAUUCUGAAACUGUGUAAU